AUGGCAAACACAGAGCAGGUGAAGCUUUUGGGGUUCUGGGUUAGCCCCUUUGUGCGUAGGGUAGAAUGGGCUUUGAAACUUAAGGGUGUCGAUUAUGAGUACAUAGAAGAAGAUAUAUUCAACAAGACUUCUCUGCUCAUGGAGUUAAACCCUGUUCAUAAAAAGGUCCCAGUGCUUGUUCAUGGACAGAAAGCGAUCGCUGAGUCAUUUGUUAUUCUUGAAUUUAUCGAUGAGACAUGGAAACAGUGCCCACUGAUGCCUCAAGAUCCUUACGAAAGAGCCAUGACACGCUUUUGGACUAAAUUUGCCGAAGAGAAGAUUUUUUAUGCUGCAUGGAAUGCAUUGUGCUCCCUAGGAGAGGAAAAGGAAAAGGCAAUAAAACUAACCGUUGAAGCCAUAGAAAAGAUAGAGGAAGAGCUAAAAGGGAAACAAUUCUUUGGAGGAGAGAGCAUUGGCUACCUGGACAUUGCAAUAGGAUGGAUGUCUUACUGGCUGCCGGUGUGGGAAGAAGUUGGGUCCAUGAAGAUAGUAGAUCCACUGCAAUUUCCAGCGACAAAUUCAUGGAUGAACAAGUUUCUCAAGCAUCCUAUGAUCAAGGAAAAUUUACCUCCUCGAGACGAGAUGAUCAUUUAUUUCCAGAAUCGAAGCAAAGAACUUGCUUCUAAGCCUCACGAGUGGUUUCGGACUCCAUGA